UUAAGCCUCAGCUGUGAAACCGUCAAGACGUGAUAAAACGCCAAGCGUCUCCCAGAUUAACAACACUCUCCAGAUAGUGAAGAAACCCAGAGACCUACUGUGAUUAAAAAACUCUCAUACUAAGCAGUGUAACUGUGCUAGAGAUCUUGAUUUACGCGCCAGGAUAUCAAUAGAAACCAAUGUUAAGCAAAAUGGCGCAACCGAACAAUGUUGGCAGUGGCGGAGGUGGAUCUGGAGCCGGUUCGGGCUCAGGACGUCGUCUUCCCCUCUCUUUGAGCGGUGGCAGCCAGGUGUCUCGCCUGCAGCAAUCGUCAACUGGCAGCAACGGUCGUUCCAACAGCCCCCAGAAUGGCAACAACAAAAAGAUAACUGAAUCUUUUAUUCCAUUGAAGAAGACAACACAACAGCGCACCACGUCCACCGGCUCCUCCUCCUCCGCCUCCUCCUCGAACAGAGAAGACGACAAGAAGAGCCAGAAUGGUGCCACAAAAUCCACUAAUGGCAAGGAGAAAGCGCCACAGAAUGGCAGCUCAUCUGCAAACAAAGAUCAGAAGGAGUCAAAGUCAAAGGACAAGGUUCCAGAAAAGAAGGAAAAGGAGCCUGUGGUAGCCGAAAAGCAGCCGGAGGGCGAAAUUGGAAAUAAGGAUAAGGUAGUCGCCGAACAAAAGGAAAUCCAAUCGGAGGCGAAGAAGGAAGUUACUACCGAAGCUACCACAGCCGCUGCUCAACCAGAUCCUGAUGUUAUUAUCCUGGAUAAUGAUGAUGUCGCUCCAGAGCCCACCACUCCCUCAAAGGAUCGGAAAUCCGCACGAAAGGCGGCCAGCCAACAGAAGUCGCCGGUUAGCAAGACAACCCCCACAUCGUCGCCGGUUAGUAAGGCGACCCCCUCAUCGUCGCCGGCACAAAAGAAACAAACUGAGGUUAAGGAAGUUUCACAACCGGCACCGCAGGAGGAUGUGGAGAUGGAGCCACUGACUGUGGAUGCUUCACCCAUACGCAGUGCCAGCGGUAAUCUUAAUGCCCUGCCGGCUGCCACAUCCACGCCGGGCCGCAGCCUCUUCGGUUUCCGCAGCAGCAGCAAGCAGAGCACCGAGGUGGAGCUGGCCACCCAGACCUCCAGCUCGCCGGCCGGAACUCCGGCCCGCACUUUCGCCCAGAUAAGCGGCAGGCGCAGCAUACGGCCCAUCAACGCGCUGACACCCUCCAAGGUGGGCAGCUACAGGUGCACCAACAGCGACCUAGACACAUCGAGCUGCACAAACGCCAGCAUGAAUGCUACAGUGGGUUCCGAGAUACCCAACAGCUCAUCGUUCUCGUUCUCGUUCUUUGGACGCGGGCGCAAGCGUGAACGCACUCCCCCGGCAGUUUCGGGUUCUCAGUCGACCAAUGAUUUGGCCCAGGAUGUGGAGAUGUCGCCACCGAAACGGGCCCGCUUCGAGAUGUUUAGCCUUCGGAACCUGGCCUCGCCCUUCAGCCUGCUGAGCUCAAAAUUCUCCAAGGCGACAAUCGCUACUCCGACACGCCUCCGUCUGGAGCAGACUCCGCCGGGUGAUGAUGACGGCGAGGUACAGAACGUGUCCCACAUCGUAGUCGAGGAAGACAAUCAGCUCAACUCAUCUUCAGUUAGCGUGCCAGAGGCCCAAGACGAGGAGCAGGCCAACAAGGACUUGACCGUUGGCCAGGAGGCCGGUCUGGAGACGCCGAAGAAGGGCGGCUCGCCUGCUAAAGAAAUUCCCGCCGAGAAGGAUGUCGCCGAGGGCAAAGAUAUCGCUGAGCAGUCCGCAGAUGGCGAGAAUAUCCCACCGCAGGUGGCGGUGGCCGAAGUCGAGGCCCGAUCCCGCUGCUCAAUAAUGUAAAGCAAACAAAGCAAAUAUGAUAAACCCCCUAUAGUUGAUAAGCUUAUGUCUUCUCUACGUAUCCGUGCGCUGUUCUUUUUUUGUAAUUUGUGUUCAGACGUAAAUUUACAUGUUAAGGAAGUGGUGUCGCCGCGAACCAAUUUAAAAGACGGGCCUGGCUAGAUCACAUUUUCCGUUAAGAAAAUUCUCAGCCAGGUCUGCGCUUCACUUAUUCAGGGCCGGCAUUCCUCGCUGAAUGGCUGUCCACUCCACGCAGUCAUCCACCGACGAAUGAAGAGCUCUGUAGGCCAGAAAGUACCCUGACAAAUUGGGUACCAAAAACGAAAAAAAAAACACACACACAUUUAAAACCAUUUCUAUAGCCGUAAUCUGUGUAAGAAGGAAAAUGUUUUAUUUACCAUAACAUAUUUUUAUGAAAGUCUCAUCUUUUCGACAAGAGGAUAUACUUAUAAGAUACAAAAGAUACAUAUGCAAUAGGCUAUAUUUGAUUUAUAAAAAUGUAACACAUAUUUCAUAAAUAAAGUGCAUUUUUGAAAAAAGUUGGAUUUAUUGUUUACAGAUACUUGGGUGAACUAAAGUCUAGCUGUUUCAUUUGAAUAAAAGUGUA